AUGAGCUCCGAUCUGAACACGACGUCCCACCACUAUUUACACGUCGCGGAAACUGAAGCGUCCCCGUCCCCCUGCGGUCCCUAUUUCCAAUCGAGCCGCCCGCAGGUCAUCUUCUGCCGCCCCGUGGUCCCCUGGCCGUUCAUCUUCAUCUUUCUCCUCUCAUCACUACCCCUCCUGCGGUUUGUCUUAUCCCUGACGGCAAACUAUGAGCUGCCCUUCACGCAGCCGGACGAUGGCCGUCGCGUCUCGUCGGAGAUUCGUUAUCCGAUGCAACCGCGGGGUGCCGUCUGCCAGAUGAGUCAUCGCAUGCUCGUCACCGUCGUCUCCAGACCCGCCGAAUUUCAGCUACGCCGCAAAAUCCGGGAAAGCUGGGCCGAUGCGCGGCAUUAUGAUGCCAAAAUGACGAGGGUGUUGUUUUUGGUCGGCACCGAGGAAUCGGCGGCCGCAGAAGCGUUGCUCCUCGAGGAAAAUCGCCGCUUUAACGACAUGGUGUUGUGCGACGUCGGCGAGAGCUACUACAACUUGUCGAUAAAAACAUUUGCCCUUCUGCGGUAUCAGCAGCUCAGGUGUCCGAGCGUCGAUUGUCUGGUCAAGGCCGACUCGGACAAUGUGCUGAACAUCCGGAACUUGGAGCGCCUCUGCUUGGAUACAGGCGGCGAGGUAAUAAUUGGGGAAUGCGAGGUGUCGCGGCGUGUCAUCAGGAGCGGAAGCAAGUGGGCCGUCCCGUUUGACGUCUACCCGCUGCCCAGGUACCCCCAGUACUGCUCCACGGGCACGUAUUUUCUAUCCGGCCGUGAUACAGCCCGAAAAAUUACGCAGGUUGCGGCGAGUAGUAUCUUCUUUCAAUCGGCCAAUAUGAGAAAGUUACCCGAGGACGUCCUCUUCAGCGGGAUCUUCGCCGAGCUCGCCGACGUGAAGCGGAAAUCUGUUGAGGGUCUGUCAUUCUUCGGGAGGCCGAGCUACGCUUGCGUCAACGGUACCUAUUCGGCAUUGGCUUUGCACAUGAGCAAGGCCAAGGAUCCGGCGCACUAUUUUACCGUGCUCAAUCUACUCGAAGGGGUUGCAUGC